UUCGCAUCUCUCGUAGACGUAAUGAUGACGAGGAUGCCAAGGAGAAGCUCUACUCUUAUGUUACCUUCGUUCCCUGUGUUGACUUCAAGGGUCUCAACACUGAAGUUGUUGAGGAUGAGAACUAAAUUCACCAAUCCCGAUCAACCCUCGUAGAAAAAUAAACAUCAAACAAAAUUUUCUUUUCUUUUUUGAUUAACUACAAGAUGUCGAGAUAGUAUAUUAUCAUUACGAAAAAUGUUAUAUGAAUUAUGUUUCAGCCGCUUUGCAUUGAUUAAAUUAUGAGCGACACUAAAAAAAAGAAUGUUAUAUUCAGAUAGGAGCACUAUUAAAAAGGGGGAAUGUGUCUACGAAGAGUGUUCUUGAUGAAGCCAUUUAUUGCACUAGAGGCCGAUAUUUCCUAUGUAUGUAUAUACUUAGUUAUUUGUUCUCCGCCUGGGGUUUCGUACAUUGGAGAAAAGUGCAUGCACGGCUUUGGCUUUUCAAUGGUAAUAGAAUUAUGCAUUUCGCAUUUAGGGUGGAAAGUUACAAUUAUGUUUUAUAUUGAUCUUACAUUGAGAGCUUAUUUUUAUUAUCAUUAACAGAAGCUGCCUGUAUUAAUCCAUGAUAUAACACAAUGUCUUCAGGGCGUUUGCCGAUAUAAAAAUCGUUUAAAGAUUAGGAUUAAUGCUUUCUUUGUGAAAGUGGGAUAAAAAAGCACGUGCUUAAAAUCCGGACUUGCCACUAACUUUUUGAAUCCAAGAAGUAAUCACGCUUCUAUCUCUCUGUCACCAAACCUAUUCUAGCUUAAAUUUUUGUCAACCCCUACCAAUCACAUAUGUUAAGAUAUCACUUUCGGCGACGAUAACCUCCCCCAAUUAAGUAUUUGCUAAACUAUCUGAAUAUGCUCACUAAUACACCCCUACUGUCGUCUUCUUCCUUUACCCAACUAUUGGUUAGGCCAGC